UUUUGUUUUUUUUUUUGGGGGAGAAAAUCUCUUUCGCACUUCUGCAAAUGGCUAUGUUCUUUGUUUCGAGCUGAAUCUCGUCACUGGACUCUAAAACGGGAAAUAUUUCCUCCUUCUUUGGAGAAGCUUCAAUUCGUACGGACUUGGAUCAGAAUCGGAUCCGUUAAUCGAGUGAAACGAUGGAGGAGGAGAAAGGUGCUGCUGCGCAGAGCUUAAUUGAUGUAGUGAACGAGAUUGCGGCGGUUUCCGACUACCGGAUUACGGUGAAGAAGCUCUGCUCCAAUCUAGCGAGGAGGUUGAAGCUGCUUGUUCCGAUGUUCGAGGAAAUCAGAGAGAGCAACGAGCCGAUCAAUGAAGAUACGUUAGGGACGUUGGUCUCGUUGAAAGAGGCUAUGUGCUCGGCGAAGGAUUAUCUCAAAUUCUGCAGCGAAGGGAGCAAGAUUUAUCUGGUCAUGGAGAGGGAACAGGUGACAAGUAAAUUGCUGGAGAUUUCAGUUAAGUUAGAACAAUCUUUGAGCAAGAUUCCGUAUGAGGAUCUGGACAUAUCCGAUGAAGUCAGAGAACAGGUUGAGCUGGUUCUCAGUCAAUUUCGGCGAGCUAAAGGGAGAGUAGAUGCAUCAGACGAUGAACUUUAUGCAGAUCUUCAGUCGCUGUGCAUUAAAGGCAGUGAUGUAGAUGCUUAUCAGCCUGCCCUGCAGCGUGUUGCGAAGAAGUUAAACCUGAUGGAGAUUCCUGACCUAGCUCAAGAAUCAGUGGCUCUGCACGAAGUGGUUGCUUCGAGCGGUGGAGACGCCGGUGAAAACGUUGAGGAGAUGGCGAUGAUACUGAAGCUGAUUAAGGAUUUUGUGCAGACGGAGAAUGAAAACGGCGAGGACCAGAAAGUAGGGGUUAACUCAAGAAGCAACGGACAAACUUCUACGGCUGCGAGUCAGAAGAUCCCCGUGAUUCCAGAUGAUUUCCGCUGUCCAAUAUCACUGGAAAUGAUGAGAGAUCCAGUUAUUGUUUCAACAGGCCAGACCUACGAACGCACCUGCAUUGAGAAGUGGCUAGAAGCUGGGCACUCGACAUGUCCAAAAACACAGCAGGCACUAACAAGCACAACCCUCACACCAAACUAUGUUCUCCGUAGUCUCAUAGCUCAAUGGUGCGAGGCCAACGAUAUUGAGCCUCCAAAGCCUCCGAGCAGUUUAAGACCCAGAAAAGUAUCGUCCUUCUCGUCCCCAGCAGAAGCGAACAAGAUCGAAGAUCUUAUGUGGAGACUCGCUUACGGAAACCCCGAGGACCAGCGAUCUGCAGCUGGGGAAAUCCGCCUCCUUGCGAAACGAAAUGCAGACAACCGCGUGGCCAUAGCAGAAGCUGGAGCCAUACCUCUCCUCGUAGGCCUCCUCUCAACUCCUGAUUCUCGUAUCCAAGAACAUUCGGUAACAGCUCUUCUAAACCUCUCCAUAUGUGAAAACAACAAAGGAGCCAUUGUUUCCGCUGGAGCUAUUCCCGGUAUAGUUCAAGUGCUCAAGAAAGGAAGCAUGGAGGCUAGAGAGAAUGCGGCGGCUACACUCUUCAGUCUAUCGGUGAUCGACGAAAACAAAGUGACGAUCGGUGCAUUAGGAGCAAUCCCACCGCUCGUUGUUCUUCUUAACGAAGGUACACAGAGAGGCAAGAAAGACGCUGCUACAGCACUGUUUAACCUCUGCAUAUACCAAGGAAACAAAGGAAAAGCCAUACGCGCAGGAGUGAUUCCAACGUUGACUAGACUCUUAACAGAGCCAGGAAGCGGAAUGGUCGAUGAGGCGCUCGCGAUUCUUGCGAUUCUCUCUAGCCACCCCGAAGGGAAAGCAAUCAUAGGAUCCUCUGACGCAGUCCCGAGCCUGGUGGAGUUUAUCAGAACUGGCUCGCCGAGAAACAGAGAGAACGCAGCUGCGGUUCUAGUCCACCUCUGUUCUGGAGACCCACAACAUCUGGUCGAAGCACAGAAACUCGGCCUUAUGGGUCCGUUGAUAGAUUUAGCUGGGAAUGGAACGGAUAGAGGGAAAAGAAAAGCAGCACAGUUGCUUGAACGUAUCCGCCGUCUAGCUGAACAGCAGAAAGAGAUGGCUCAAUCACAAACAGAAGAAGAAGCUGAACCACCAACACUUUCAGCAUCUACCACAGAAGCUGCUGAUACUUGAAAGAUUUGUUUUUUUUUUGUUGUUGUUUUGGUCAUUAUGGUCAUAUCUCCCACUUACGUCUGUCUUUUUACAUUUCUUUCUCUGCUACUCGGUCCUCUUUCGAGGUGGGGCUUCACUGUGGACGGCGGAAGCAGAAGAUGGCCUCCUUCUCCGACCUGUUUUUUUUUAACUUUAUGGUGAUAUCUUUCUCUGUGUGGACGGAGCAAUCCGGUUCUCUGAAGAGAAAAGCAAAUAUGCAUACAUACACGUCAACUUGUAUCAUUGUAACACUUUUCUGUUUGUAAUCAUUUCCACGUGCUUAUUUAUGGUUAUAAAUACAACAAGAUCUUUGUUUACU